AGUGUCUGUGUUGAAGGUGGCAAGAAGUGCUAGUUCGGAUGGAUUAGCUUAUGUGACUGUGCUGAUCUUUGCAGAGCUGAUGAUAAACCAAACAAAUCAACGCUGUCAGCAGCCCUACUAAAUGUUUUGCACUCUUUCUCUGGAACUUUCUGUGGGAUCAGUUCAGAGAAGGUGCUACUUGCAUGGGAUCCGUAUUUUUACUUUCAGAAGCAAGUUUGCUGUUAUUCCCAGGAGAGAACAUGGAUGAAAAGCUGUCUUACAAAGAAUUUCUUGAUCGCAAUGAGUCCUGGACAAUGGAUGACAGAGACCUGUGCUUUGAAUCACAGCCAGUAUUCAAACCCACGGAGAUGGCUGAUUCCUUCAGCAUGCACAGAGGGGACAAUCUGCCUGACUUAUUUCCUACUGACAUGAAGAAUGUGCCGCUGUUCACUGACCAUGUUGACGCUUCCAGAGGCAUCCGUGCACCACAUGAUUCUAUGAUGGUACCUGAACAACCUUUCUUGGGGGCCCUGUAUUCGCCUGCAGAGGCUCUAGACCAGUCAGCCUUCAUUGACUUGGAUUCAACAGCAGAAUUUCUGCAAGACAAAGCAGUGCCUGAAGAACACUGGAUGGGAGUUCAGAGUGACAUGGAGGGACCAGAUGCCUCUUUCUUUGUUGAGCCACCAGUGCCCCCCACUGUGACAGAAGCAAUGAACCAGAAUUUGCCAGAAGGCCCUGCAGCAGUGGCUCCUGGUUUCCUUUCUACUGCGGUAACAACGUCCCCAGGAGAGGCCAAAGCUACUGAUAGACCAAAAGCUGCGGCAUCAGGAGACGCCAAGCCUCCUCAAGCUCUGGAUGCUGGAUUUGCACCCACAGUUGAAGCCAAUCCUUUUCAGGCUAUGGAUGUUGGGUUUGCUCCUGCACCGGAAGUCGAGCCUCCUUAUGCUGUUGAUGCAUCUGCUCUAGUGGCAGACACCAGCUUUGCCCCAGCAGAUGCUAUGUCCCAUUACACUAUGGAUUUGGAGUUUGCCCCAGCAGAAGAUGCAGGGUUUGCCCCAACAGCAGAUGUGGAAUCUCACAAUGCUAUGGAUUUGGCAUUUGCCCCAGCAGCAGAUGUGGAAUCUCACCAUGCUAUGGGUAUGGCAUUUGCCCCAGCAACAGAUGUGGAAUCUAACCAUGCUGUGGAUUUGGCAUUUGCCCCAGCAGCAGAUACUAAAUCUCAUCAUGCUUUGGAUUCUGAAUUUGCCCCAGGAUCACAUGCAGAGUUUGCCCCUGAGGCAGAAAUCAACCAACAUCAUGAUAUGGAUUCUGGGUUUGCUCCUGUAGCAGACACCAAGCCUCUUCCUGCCGUGGAUUCUGGGUUUGCUUCUGCAGAAGCUAAGGCUACCACUGCAACUGACACCACGAUUGCUACUUCUGAAGAGCUGAUGACUUCUGAGUCUCCUCUUGAGCAAGACAAGUCACCCUUCUGCAAGCCUCCUGCAGAAACAACUGCAAAUGCAGAACAAGAACUGAAAGCCCCAGAAGGCCGUGUUGAUCUUUUAGAGCAAGCUCAAGUUGGCAAGCCGCCUCCAAGCAACCAGGAAGAGCAUCUUCUGGAGCAGACAAACCAUGUUUCAGAACCAGCAGUAGAAGCAAAAGAAGCUGUUGCACUAGAAAAUAAAGACCUCCUUCCAGAAAAAUCUGUUACUGCUGUGGAUGUUACUGUUACAGAGAAACAAAAGGAGGAGGCAGAACACAACCAUGUCCAGCAUGCAGAAUCUCAGCAAGAAAAAACCAUGCAGGAGCCCACAGGUCUACCUACUGCACAAAUAAGGCAAGCUAACAAAUCGAGUGAACGCAGGUUUGGCAGAGCAAAACCUGCACCAGUGCCUAUUACAGAUGUACCAGAGGAACGUCUAAUAGGUCUCCCACAACAGAAGAGCACUGACCCAAAAGUAGACCCCUAUUCUGUAGUGGAAAUUGGAUGUGUGGCUGGAACAUCCCCUCGCACUAGGGUUUCACAUAAAAAGGCAACUGAGCAGCCAUCCAGUGUGCUCUCAGAGUUUGUGGAAAGCUGCAGAGAUCUACCAAGGGAGAGCUGGGAUUUGGAAGGCUCUCUGGCCAUUGUGAAGAAAAAGAAAAAGAAACCAAAACAAAAGCGAAACCAGCUGCCAAGAACAAUGGAGUUCUGGGAUGAAAAUGGAACAGUGUCAAAAGCUCCUAGAAAUUCUCCAUUUGCUGUUGAAUUGCAAGAGCCAGAUGUCUGUCCUGUAAUGCCUGCUGAAGCUCGCACGGAGCAGUCAGUUGCCUCAGGAAACAGAGCUUCAGAGAUGCCAAAGGAUGCUAAAAAAAUAACUGGAAGUCAUAUCCUGGAUGAGCAAAAUGCCUUUUUGGUGCCAGCACCAGGGCAGCAGGCCCCAAAACCCAAUGUGCCGUUAGAAUCAGUGUUGGAUGCAAAAAAUAGAGAGAUCAUGAAAACAGAAGAAAUGAGAGAUGACAGUUUGAUGUUGCAAUCUAAAGGCAAAAGAAAAGAGGUUCCCUUGGAGCAGCUAGGGAAGACUAAGGUGGGGGAAUCUAUUACAGCAAAGGGGCCAACCACGGCCAUGGGAAGAGAUUUUCUUGAUAAAAAUGAGAAGUAUAGGGAGGCAAAAUGUGCUGGCCUGACAGCAUCUCCUUCAGAAGCAAUAAACCUAAGCAAAGUAGAAACUCCUUUAGAGACCAGACCUUCAGAAUUGCUUCUUUCUGACAGAAAUAAGGAGGCUAAAUCCACAUCCCCCAGGAGUGAGGCAUUCAGUUACCCUGUCCAUUGUGAGGUUCAGACCUCCAGCAGGUCGCUGGAAGCAGCAGCAAAGAAAAGAGGUACUUGUGAAAAAAGCAAAGGGGUUGAAAACGAACCCCUCAAACAGCCUGCCCUUCCAGAGGCUGCGGGCCUGUCAGACAAGCUUCCUAAUGAGCCAAAGGCAGCUGAUGAAACUAAACCAGUGUCCCCCAGUAAGUGCAUGGCUGUUGACUUUUGUACUUCAGAGGGAGGUUUGAAGCUCCCAACAGAUACUACAGAAAUUCUUGUUUCACCAUUAGUUGUACUGAACCCCAAGGAAGUUACUGCUUUGCAAAACAGAAAGGCUGAUAGUUUUUCAGAGCAGCCAUUUCUUCUGUCGGCGAAGUCUGAUGCAACUAAACAUCCUACCUCCACUGAAGCAGUGGAAGGAAUCAUGGGAGCAGGUUCCCCUGAUAAAAACAAAGGGAAAGGAUUUAUUGCGUUAGAGCAGCAGGCUGGAAGAGAUCCCGAUAUUGCACAUGGGAUGGACAGACCUAAAAAAAAGCGUGGCGAAGGGAAAGUAAAAAAAUUCAAAAGCUUCUCCGAGCAGGUGAUGUUUUCAGAGGAUGUAAGCAGACUAAAUGAUGGAGUGAGGGUAGAUGAGACUAGAAAAGAUACAGCUUACCCUGAUAAAGGUAGAGGUUUUGCUGCAAGAGGACAUCCGUCAGUAAGCAAUGCACAUUCUUAUCCUGCAGACAAGCCCAAAAAAAGAGGUAGUGAUGGAAGAAGCAAAAAAGGUGAAAGAAGUUUUUUCCAGCAGCCUUUUCUUGAGAGUAAGAUGGACCCGAGUAGCUUUCCUGACAUAACUGAUAAAGCUGAGGAGGUUAGUGUUAGUGAUGAAGGCAGAGAGAGGGUCUGGGUUACUGCGGAGUGUUUUCAGGGGAAUAAAUCAAAUAUAAGUAAAAUGCAAAGGCAAAUUGAACUGGGAACAGAGGAGCCUAAAGAAAAUGUUGGGAAUAAAGAAAUAGCCAAUUUGGGUGCUUUAGACCAACCAUUCCUGCUGGAGAGUAGGAGAGUGGAAGCGGAGCAUCUCGUUAUGGCUGACAUGAUCAGCAAAACAGAAGAGGUAGAUUUGAUUAGCAAAGGCAAGGAGGCUGGAAUAACUUCUGAAUCAAUGGUGAGGAAUUCUGAUGCGCUGCUGGUGGCAGACAAACCUAGAAAGAGGAGCAGUGAGGGGAAAAGAAAAAAACCUGAAAAAAGUCCUUUGAGGCAAGCAGCUCUCCGGGAUAGUGGGGUGGAAACAAGCAAUUUUCCAAGCAAAGAGAAGGUGGCUGGAAGCACAAAAGAAAUUAUCUUUGACAAAGAUAAGGUGUCUGGUUUUGAAAGAGAACUUGAGCUGGAGAAUCUGUCAGAUAUAACCAAAGAGGUGCUGGCAAAGCCUGAAAGUCAGGGUGGUGAUAGAAAAAGUUUCUCAAAUGAGCCAAUUCUUUCAGGUCAUAAAAUAGAGACAUCAGAGCCAGAAAUAAUCAACACUAAAGAAACUUGGCCCAUGAAUAAAGGUAAGGAAGUAGAUACAGCUGAGCCUCGGCCAGAAUGCAGGUCAGAUGCAGCUGCAGCGCACAGUCUGACCAUGGGACUGGUGAUGGACAAGCCUAAGAAAAAAAGUAGAGAUGAGAAAGGCAAAAAGGAUGAAAACAGUCUUGAGCACUCUGUACUGAGUCCAGGUAACAUCCCUGUGGUAAGUGAAGAGUUGGGAAACAUUAAAAAAACUCAGCCUUUUGAUAAAGGCAAAGAGACUAAUUCCAGUACCUUAGCCAGUCUGAUAGGUGACUUGACUGAUACUACUGAAGUACAAGCUCCUGCUGUACCUCUGGAGCCAGAAAAAUCACACACAAGUAGUAAAGAGAAAUGCAAAAAGACAGAGGCUAGCCUUCAGCAGCCAUUCCUUCUGGGGCAUAAAGCAGGUGCAGAGAUGUUUCCUCCUCAUGAUGUGGAGAUAACCAACACAUUUGAAGCAGGAAGUCCCUCUCCUUGCAGCAGUGGUGGGGAGCUGCCUGUCCUAGAGCACCCAACAGUGGCAGAUCGCACUGUGACUGCAAUUACUGAUAGAUCUAAAAAGAGGGGUCAUGAUGGAAGUAGUAAAAAGGCUAAAAAUGCCUCUGAACAGCCUGUUCUUCUAGAGACAAAACCAAUCAGGAGUGAAGUACAGCCUCCCGUAGGAUCUGAGAUGGCAUAUGGAAUAGAAGCCAUGGAUUUUGUAGAUGAAAAUAGAAAUAUUAAAAACUUCCCAAUUGGUCCUCAGAUGUUUUGGAAUAAUAAAGGCAAUGACUUGGAAUCCUUUGCUCAGACUGGAGGGACUGCCUCCGAUAACACUGGCAGUGUUUCUUCUGUCUUCCCAAAGCAGACUGAUGAGGGUGCAAGAAGUAAGGGGCUUUCUUCUCUGGAAGCAAUAGCAGAGAAAAGCAGCAGAGAGCCUGGACCUGGUGCUAAGGAAGAGAUACAGAAAUCUUGUGAGCAGCCAAUCAGUCUGGGGCACAAAGAGCCUGGAAAAGAGGUUUCAAAGAAAGAUGGUGAAAGCAAGGAGGUUGGUUCCCAGGAUAGCAGUGAGGCAGGUAAACCCCUUUCUUUGGAUCAGUCAGUUAAACAGGACAUUAAGUUGAAGAAGGAUGAAGUUCCCCUUUCUCCUAUGGCAAAAGUGGAUGAUAAAGAAGUAACAACCACUGAUAAAAAGCACAACACUGACAACACUUCCUCAGACCUUCCUCAGCAGGUGGGAGAUUCAGAAAGUAGACCAGCUCCUUUAAGUGCCGAAGCAGCAGAGAAACUAGAGGUAACUGUCUCUUCUAGAGGGAAGGAUCCAGAACUUGUAGUGGUACCGGAGAGCAGAGCAGAAGCAGCUGUGUCGCAGGUUGUGGCAGAAGCGCCGGUGGAGAGUAAACCUGAAGAGCCUAAGUUGGAUGGAGGGAAGAAGAGUGAGCAGAGCUCACCAAAGUACUCAAGCAGUUUGGACAGUAAAGUGAUGGAAACAGAAGCUGCUGGUUUAAAUCUGGCAGCUGUCCAAACAACCAAACUAAGUCCUGAAGAUAACAAUAAAGGUCAUUCUCAGCUUGCAGAAGUGGAUGCUUCUCAGGAUGGGGAAGCCCACCUAAAGGAUGCCCUGGCAUUGAAGUCUGAAGUAGGUACACCUCAAGACACAACUAAAGAAAAGGAAGGAGAGUGUGAACAAAAAGUUGUGAAGGAGGCAAAGAAAGAGAGAGUUAAAGCAGCAGAACAGAUAAAAAGCUACAUGAGACCCACAAAGUCAAGAGGGGUGCCAGCUCUGCCAGCUAGGUCUGCUGCACCAGACAGAGAGAAACAAAAGCAGCUGAAACCCACUGGUAUGGGCCGGCAGAAGCAAGAAAAAGCAAAAUUAGAAGAGACCAAACCAGUUGAAGCUGUGACAGGGAAUGAUAUCACAGCACCUCCCAACAAAGAGCUUCCUCCCAGCCCUGAGAAGAAGACAAAGCCUGCCAUAUCCACGUCAUCUACAAAGCCUGCAGCAACGAAAGCCAGGCCCCUGUCCGCUACCAGCCCCAAGGGGCCAUCCUCUGCCACGCCUGGCCUAAACAAAAAACCCACAAGCCCUACUGCAGGUCCUACUUCAGCCACUACUACUAAACGCCCAGCCACCAGCACUACACGUCCCUCCACCCUAGCUCCAAAAGAGACUAAACCAAAGGCUGCAGAUGCGAAGACCACAGAUAAGCGGACCUCACUUUCAAAGCCUCCGACAGCUGCCACUUCUAAAACUACUGUUAGGAGCAGCCCUGUUGCUCCUAAGACAACGGCAGCAUCACCAGUUGCUGCAACUGCUGCUAUGAAAAAUACUGCUACUUCUCCACCGAAGAGGCCAACAUCCAUCAAGACUGAGGCAAAGCCUGCAGAUGCCAAGAAGACCACUGCAAAGUCACCAUCAGCAGACUUGAGCCGCCCUAAGAGUGCUACUGGAAAUGCAGUAAAAAGCAGCACCACCACUUCUACCACCUCCGCCAGCGCACCUACUUUACCUGGAGUAGCCACCAGUCGUCCCAAACCCAAGCCUGCUGCAACCAAACCCACCACACCCUCUACCACAACAGCAGAUGCUAAAAAAACAACUGCUAAGGUUCCAGCUAAACCCAGCAGCGUUUCCAAGCCACCUCGCCCGACCAGCAGUGCUUCUGCUCCAGAUCUGAAAAAUGUACGUUCCAAAAUUGGAUCAACAGAUAACAUUAAGCAUCAGCCUGGUGGAGGAAAGGGGAAAAUAGAGAAAAGGCCAGAAUCAGCCGCUGCUGCACGAAAGUCUGAACCCAAUGUGGUCUCUAAAAUGGCUACUACUAAAACAACCGUAUCAAAAGAGGGUGCCCCAAAACAGCCCAAUGGGAAAGUCCAGAUAGUCUCCAAAAAAGCGAACUACAGCCAUGUUCAGUCCAAGUGUGGUUCCAAGGACAAUAUUAAGCAUGUCCCUGGAGGUGGGAAUGUGCAGAUCCAGAACAAGAAAGUUGACCUUUCCAAAGUGUCCUCAAAGUGUGGCUCUAAAGCAAAUAUCAAGCAUAAACCAGGGGGAGGAGAUGUCAAAAUUGAGAACCAGAAGCUGAACUUCAAGGAGAAGGCGCAAGCCAAAGUGGGUUCUUUGGACAAUGUGGGACACUUGCCAGCAGGAGGAACUGUGAAGGCUGAGGGGAGCGCGGAGCCAGAGCAGCUCCCGCCAGCCCCUCAGAACGGAGAGGUGACAGCGGCCCAGGCAGGCAGUGAGAUGCGGGAGAAUGGCGUAGGGCCGGCAGUGCCCACUGCCCUCAGUGGUGGUGACCAAAGGGAAAUUCAGAGCUUCGAGACUCAGAUACAAGAAACAAAUUGAAUCUCACAAGCUGACGUUCCGUGAGAAGGCCAAGGCUCGAACAGACCACGGAGCGGAAAUCGUCGUCUCCAAACCCCCCAACCUUUCCAGCAGCACUUCCCCCUGGCGUAGCACAUCCAUCAGCGAGAGCCUGGG